AUGGAGAGAAGUCAGGAAAGAGAUGGUGGUGAGGGGGUGGCAGGAUGGGAGCCAGACGGUGGGGGGCUAAGGCUGAGGAGGGAGAUUGGCUUGUGGAGUGCUGUGUCCCUGAUUGCUGGCUGUAUGAUCGGCUCUGGCAUCUUCAUGUCCCCACAAGGGGUCUUGGUCUAUGUGGGCAGUCCUGGGGCCAGUCUCGUGGUCUGGGCAGUCUGUGGUCUCCUGGCCAUGAUGGGUGCCCUGUGCUAUGCUGAGCUGGGGGCCCUGGUUCCCAAAUCCGGCGGGGAGUAUGCCUAUAUCUUGCAAAUCUUUGGUUCCUUGCCAGCCUUCCUGGUUAUCUACACAUUUGUGCUGUUGGUCAGGCCAGCCGCCAUUGCCGCUGUCUCUCUGAGCUUUGCUGAGUAUGCAGUGGCUCCCUUUUACCCGGGCUGCUCCUCGAUGCCCCAAGCCGUGCUCAAGGCUGUGGCUGCCAUCUGCAUCCUGCUGCUGAUGUUGGUCAACUGCUGGAGCUCGCGGCUGGCCACCAUGCUGAUGAAUGUGUGCACGGUUGCCAAAGUAUUCUCGUUGCUGGUCAUCGUGGGGGGUGGGGCUGUGGUGCUGGGCCAGGGCCGUGGCUACACGGAAGCCUUUCUGUUUGCCUUCCACAAUACCACGCAGCAGGCCGGGCGCAUCGGCAUGGCCUUCUACCAGGGCCUGUGGUCCUUUGAUGGCUGGAAUAAUGUCAACUAUGUAUUGGAGGAGCUCAAGAAUCCAAAGCAAAACCUGGUGUGGGCGCUGAUGAUCGCCAUCCCUCUGGUCACCAGCCUGUACCUCCUGGUCAACAUCAGUUACCUGCUAGUGUUGUCACCCAAUGAGCUCCUUUCCUCUGAUGCUAUGGCCGUGAGCUGGGGGAACCAGGUGCUGGGGGACUGGGCCUGGAUAGUACCCUUGGCUGUCACCCUCUCGACACUUGGCUCUACCAAUGGGACAUUCUUCGGUGGAAGCCGUGUGUGCUAUGUGGCUGCAAGAGAAGGCCACAUGCCCCAACUUCUGUCUAUGGUUCAUGUGCAUCGCCUCACACCAACUCCGGCCCUGAUGUUUACCGCCGCAGUGGCUCUGGUCCUGAUCAUCCCAGGAAACUUCAGCACCAUCGUGAACUUCUUGAGCUUUCUUGGCUGGAUCACCUAUGGAACUACCAUUAGCUGUCUCUUGUACUUGCGGAUGAAGAAGAAGAAUCUUCCUCGACCUUACAAGGUCCCCACCGUCAUCCCUGUCAUCAUGCUCCUUGCUUCUCUCUACCUGGUGCUGGCACCCAUCAUCGACCACCCCCAGAUUGAGUUCCUAUACAUCUUCCUGUUCCUGCUCAGUGGCAUCCCGGUCUAUUUUCUGCUUGUCCACUUCCAGUGCCAGCCCAAGUGGUUGCAGAUGGCCACCAUGUACCUCCAGCUGCUCCUGGAAGUUGCUCCAGCCAUUAAAAACGUUGACUAAAGGAGUGGACAGGUGUGCACUGCCCUCCUUGCUGCAACACCUCUACCCCCACGCAAGUGGUCUUGCCAGCUUUUCUGUAGGUUGACUACGCAUAAUUCCAAUAAGCGACUGGGAUGCUAAAUACAGCUAUCGCGAAGUUUUGGGGGUAUCCAACCAGGAAAGCAUCCCCCUUUCUCUAAGAACUGCUCCUCCAAUGCAAGGGGAUCUCAUAGCCACACUGG